AUGGCAAUGGCAUCUUGGUAAUUAUACACAUGUCUAAGGACAGAUGCAUGGCCAGUCCGCUAUAAAUUAACCCCUCCAGAAUUUACCCCAAUCACCACACUUUUCUUAUCCCGGGAUAAAAAACAGAGAGAACCACCAAACAGUGAAAAAAUGUCUCAAGUCACAGAAGAAAUAAGAAGCAGCGCCUCAGAGAUUCACUAUGGCAACGAGAUUUGCAAAGUGAAGACCCAGUUGUUGCUCUCAGAAGUAGGCUUACCAAAUGGCCUCCUCCCUUUGAAAGACCUCGAAGAAUGCGGGUAUGUCAAAGAGACUGGCUUUGUGUGGCUCAAGCAGAAGAAAAAGAGUGAGCACAAGUUUGAGAAAGUGGGCAAAGUUGUGGCUUAUGCGCCUGAAGUGACUGCAGUUGUGGAAAAGGGCAAGAUCAAGAAGCUGAGUGGCGUCAAGACUAAGGAGCUGCUGAUGUGGGUGAGUGUGAGUGAUAUUUGUGUGGAUGAUUCUGGGAAGAUCACGUUUAGGACUCCUGCAGGGCUGUUCAGGACCUUUGCGGCCUCGGCUUUCGAGGUUGAGGAAGAGGCUGAAGAUGUCAAGAAUGGCAAGGGGGGGAAUGUGGCUGCCAAUGGUGCAAAAGAAGUUCAAGUUAAGGAGGUCUGAUUAGUAAGAUUGUAUUUUCUUUCGGUUGUUGCAUGGGAGACAUGUUUUAUGUAGCUUGUUUGCUUCAAGAAGAUGCAUGUGAUUUAUGUCAUGUUAGAGUUAUGUAUGUCAUGGUUGCUGGUUUGAAGCAGCAGUUUGAGUGUCAUAUUGGUUUCCAAAUUAUACUA